AUGAUGGACACAUUGCAGGAUGUUUUUCGAGGGUCCUCUGCCAAAGAGAUUGACUACAUUCAAUAUGCAGUGUAUCUACCCAAGAAAGGCAAUGAGUCAGACAUGAUGGACUCUCUCAAAGAUGCGUUAGACAUGAUCAACUCACAUGUGCAGCCCAUCGUCGAUGGCUACCUAUGGCAGAAGGAUAGAUUCCAUCUGUCUAUAGCCUACGAUCAAAAACAAGAUCCAUCCUAUCCAUUCUUAUUUGGUGCCUCUCGCUUUGGCGAUUGUGUCAAUGAUGAAUGGUUUAUUGUAUAUAUCCUCAAGACAGUAUCCAGCUUAAUACCAGAAUCAGUGAUAUCACUUGUAGAUAAUGAUGGCGAUGUCUUGCUGAUAGAAGCAGCCCUAGAUAUUCCAGCCUGGUUAGAUCCCUCCAACAGUCAAAACAGAGUCUACUUGUAUAACGGUCAAGUGCAUAUUAUACCAUUACCCACAUCACCAGCCGAUAUACUGCAAGCCACUUCUGGACCCUUGAUGCGACAAAAAGCAAUUGAUUUAAUACGGUCCAACAGUAAAAGCACGCUGGCAUCACCAGCCAUUCAACAGGCCAUCAUGGACCGUAUCAGCGAUUAUCCCUCUGCAGCAUUGAAGGAGAUCCAUCGAGCUGGCUGUAUUCUACCCAGCCAAGCAGCAUUUGUAUUAUUAUCAGAACCUCAACUCAUCACAUUAGCUAUUGAAGCGUUUUAUCUCAGAGACCCCAUUUCCCUGAAAGCAUGCGCCACCAUGAAGACAUUUUCACCGCAGUCAGGAUUAACAGAAACUGUUAUCCAAUUCACAAAGACAACGUAUGCACAGACUGUCAGUCAAAAAUUCUAUGCACCCAAGCCAUUCCGAUUGCCCUCUGUGAAGGAAAAGAAACAAUUCAAGUUUGCUGAAUUGGGAAUGAAGGUCGCAUGUGGAUUGGAAAUGCUAUACCACAACAGCAACAGUGCAUCAGAUCACGCAGAUAACGACACGAUUGACACAUACGAUUUUGAAAACGACAAGAAAUACACUGCUUACGUGGCGCAUUUAGUCAAGUUGGGCUACUUUAGAUCAGAAAAGAAGGGAUCUCAAUUGUAUGGACUGCUUGAUAAGCAAUCCAAAGAGCAAUAUCUGGAAUACAGGAAGAAGGAGCAAGAUCAAGUGGGUGAAAAGUACAUUUCAUUGGAUGAUUUGGAUGUGGAAGCUGAAGAGACGACAUUUGAAGGCAGCAGCCAUGUGUUAUCAACGCCUAGUCAGAGUGUCAAGCAGCGCAUCGAUGCAUUACUGGCGCAAUACUCUCAAGAAUCCCUGAACAAGCUACUCAGCCUCAACCUGCAUGUGGAAGACAGCGAUGACUGGAUGAAUGUGGACCCUCAGCAACUGGAAGAAUUGCUCAUGAAACGAAUGGGACAUAUGAAUCAAAGCAUGAUGGCUGAUUUACAAAAGGACUUUGGCGGCAGUGGUGAUAAGAGCAGGGAUGAAUCAAUGGAUUUAGAAGCCAUCAUGUCAAAUCUCGAGCAUUUUGUGGAGAACAGUAAAAGUGGCAUUGACGGCGUGGAGUUUCCCAAUGAUACCAGAGAUGAGGAUGAUGAGGAUGACGAUAGCGACGACGACGAUGAUGAUGAUCAAGGUGCUAUUCAGUUUGAUAUGGACAAAUUCAUGAGCAUUUUGAGAGGUGUUCCUUCUACAGACGGGCAAGAGGAGGAGCAGGAACAUGAUUUAUCCCAUGUAAUGGACGAAAUGGAUCAAGAAAUCUACAGCCACGACAAGAUCAGCGGAUCAUUUGCUAAAUUAACAACUGCCGAGUCAAACGAGGGCGAGGAGGAUGUCGAGGAGGACGAGGAAGCACCGGUGGAUGUACAGUUGAAUCUUGUAAAGAACGUUUUGGAGAGCUUCAAGAGCCAACAGGGUUUACCAGGCCCUGUAGGUAACAUGUUGAGUCAAUUUGGAUUUGUGCUUCCAGGUGAUGAUGAGCAAGGAGAAUAA